AUGAUAAUUCCUGUUCGCUGCUUCACCUGUGGCAAGGUGAUUGGGAACAAAUGGGACACUUAUCUUGAUUUGCUCCAGGCUGAUUACAGUGAAGGGGAUGCCCUUGAUGCUCUGGGUUUGGUUCGUUAUUGCUGUCGAAGAAUGCUGAUGACCCACGUUGAUCUCAUCGAGAAGCUUUUGAACUAUAACACUUUGGAGAAAUCUGAGGGCAGUUGA